AUGCGCUUCUUCCUUCAGUGUACUCUUCUUCUUCUCCCGUUUACCUCUCCCCCACUCUCUCGUGGCCCUGUUUCCUGGCGGCGACGGCUGGGCGUGAGGCGCCGCCCUUCGCCAGGUCUUCGUCGGGCGGUCGCCGGCGACGAGCACCCACCAGUUUGCAGUGGGGUCGUGUGACCCCACAAGACCCAAAUCAGAUAGUCGCCAUCAAGAAUGGAAUCUGGGAGUGGGUUCUACGCAGGUGAAGGUCUCUCCAUCGAUCCUAAGUGGCUUAUCGACCCGAAGCUUCUCUUUGUUGGGCCACGCAUCGGCGAAGGCGGACAUGCAAAGGUCUAUGAGGGGAAGUACAAGAACCAAAAUGUUGCCAUCAAGAUUGUGCACAAAGGGGACACCCCUGAGGAGAUGACCAAGAGGGAGGGGAGGUUCUUGAGAGAGGUGUCCAUGCUGUCAAGGGUGCAGCACAAGAAUCUCGUCAAGUUCAUCGGGGCCUGCCUAGAACCUGUCAUGGUGGUGGUGACUGAGCUUCUAGUGGGGGGCUCGUUGCGGAAGUACUUGGUCAAUCUCAGGCCUAGGAGCCUUGAGCCUCAUGUAGCAGUGGGGUUUGCAUUGGACAUUGCCCGAGCUAUGGAAUGCUUGCAUGCACAUGGGAUCAUUCAUCGUGAUCUUAAGCCUGAGAAUUUGUUGCUGACUGCAGACCAGAGAACAGUCAAACUUGUUGAUCUUGGUUUGGCUAGAGAAGAGACGUUAACAGAGAUGAUGACUGCUGAGACAGGAACAUACCGUUGGAUGGCCCCUGAGUUGUACAGCACAGUUACGUUGAGGCAUGGAGAAAAGAAGCAUUACAACCACAAAGUAGAUGUUUACAGCUUUGCAAUUGUGCUGUGGGAACUCCUUCACAAUAAGCUGCCCUUCGAGGGCAUGUCUAACCUGCAAGCUGCGUACGCUGCUGCUUUCAAGAAUAUCAGACCAAGUGCAGAUAACUUGCCUGAGGAGUUGUCAGAAAUACUAACAUCCUGCUGGAAGGAAGACCCGAACGACAGACCGAACUUCACGCAGAUAGUGCAAAUGCUCCUACAUUACCUAUCCACUCUUUCACCACAAGAAAACUUAGCCCCUCGCCGCACAUUCAGUUCGGAGAACACAAUCCUGCCUCCGGAAUCUCCUGGGACAAGCUCACUAAUGGCUUCUCGGGGUGACCUCGGCGACACACCAAAGGGCAAGAAGGAAGACAAGCCAAGGGGCUUCUUUUUCUGCUUCAGCGAGUGCUAUUAGCACAACAACCCCAACAGAGCUCGAGAAGCUGCAAAUACUGAAAGAAAAGCAUCAUCCCCUGAUGCGCUGCAACUCGGUCACAGCCGGUCGAUCGAGUCUCGGCGCACCCAUAGUCCAUACCCCCCAAGAACAGCGGAAGUUGUAGUCGAACUGUUGUUUCAGCUAAUCAUCAGGUCUCCUGCAUCGCUGACGUGUUGACAUAUCAGCAGGGUAAACCGAGUAACCUUUUGACUCCAGAUAGUAAUGAUGGAAAUAGCUUAUCCCCUGUAUUUUCCGUGAACCAUGGUACCAUGGAGUUACUGCCGCGCGCCUAGAUUGGCCGUCUCGCGCGCCAUCGUAUAGAAAUAAACCAAUAAUUCGCAUUGCAUUCAUCAGUUCUCUGCUGCGCAAGCCUGCAAUCUGUACUGGGAGCUCUGUGUUCUGUGUA